GUGUGUGUACAUUCUUGAGCGGAAAAUGAUGGCGAUUAUCCAGACGCUUGAAGAGCCUGUGCUCGGUAUGGAUGGAGGUGGCCGUGAAAACUAACAACACUCGCGGGGAAAAGUUGUUUGAUUUGGACGAUCGCGACCUGUCUCGACCCCCGGACGUUUUCAGACGCAGAAAUAAACGAGUGGAUGAGGGUUGAGACUGUAAACUGGUGUAAUAUUCACGUUUGAAAGAGCCACGUAGCUUAUAGAGUUUCAGAUCACACACACACACACUGGCCUAGUGCUUUUAAAGCCUCCACACAAAUACAUCAACCUGAAGAAGAGGAGUGAACGAGAAGAUAAGAUAUAUAAAAAGCGGAACGAGCUGUUGGAGCAAGCAGUGCCUCCCCUGUAGUGUGGAUGAGGAAGUCAUGGAUGACCACACCUCCCCACUGGAGUCCGACCAGUUGCUCAGCCACGACAUCCCAAUGCUCACCUCCCCGCCGCACCCGCCCAACAUCGUCAACGGAGAGGGACCACAACAGGUAAUCUUGGUGCAGGUAAACCCAGGAGAGGCCUUCACGAUCCAGCGAGAUGAUGGUCAGUUUCAGUGUAUCACAGGUCCUGCUCAGGUUCCCAUGAUGUCCCCAAAUGGUUCAGUGCCUCAAAUCUAUGUGCCUCCUGGAUAUGUUCAACAGAUCAUUGAGGAGAACGGAGUGAGGCGGGUGUUGGUCUUACCUCAGACGGAGUUUCAUCCGGGAGCUCGCUUUUUUGCGUGUAAAUAG